GGGCACGCCGAGCCAAUGGGAGAGGGCCAUGUAGACCCAGCCGUUGCCCGUGUACGGCCGCCAGCGGCCCGUGCUCGGCCACGGGCGCCGCAGCCGAUUGGCGGGGGCGGUGCGGGGGGCGGGGCCAGGGCGCGGGGUCGGGGGCGCUCGGGCGGCCCCGCAGAGCUGGCGGGAGGGAUGGGGCGGCGGGCGCUGGUCCUGGCGCUGGGUCUGAGCCUGGUGCUGCUCUGCGCCGGAGCGCUGCCCGCGGCCGAUGAAGAGGGAAAUCAAGAUGAAUCACUGGAUUCAAAGACUUUAUCUGCAGAGGACCAGGUAAAGGACCAUUCCACAGGAACUCGAGUAGUAGCAGGUCAGAUCUUCCUUGAAUCGGGGAAAUCAGACUCUCAAUCAGAAGAUGAAGAGAACUUUCAUAGUCAAGAAGAGGAAAAAGAGAAUUCGCUGGAAGAGUUGAACUCUCUAGAAAUGUCAAAUCUAUUAAAUAAGGAUUUGGAAGAAGCAGAAAUGCAGAGUCCAGUGUUGACAGCUAUUGGGGGCACUGCAGAUGGUGAACCUUGCCACUUCCCCUUUUUGUUUAUGGAGAAGGAAUAUGCAGAGUGCACUGCAGAUGGGAGGGAAGAUGGCAGGCUUUGGUGUGCAACAACCUAUGAUUACAAGAAAGAUCAAAAGUGGGGCUUCUGUGAAUCUGAAGAGCAGUCUAAUAAGAGAAGGCAGAUGCAAGAAGCUGAGGAUGUUUAUCAGAUCGGAAUGAAAAUCCUUAAUGAAAGCAGUAAAAAGGCUCAGAAGAAAGUAGCAUAUCAAUAUCUUCUGAAAGCAGCUGACAUGAAUCAUACCAAGGCCAUGGAGAAAGUGUCUUAUGCUUUGUUGUUUGGGGAUUACCUGAAGCAGAACAUCCAGUCAUCAAAAGAACUGUUGGAAAAACUGACAGAGGAAGGAUCUCCGAAAGGCCAAAUGGCUCUUGGAUUUCUGUAUGCAUCUGGUCUGGGAGUCAAUUCUAGUCAAGCUAAGGCCCUGGUGUAUUACACUUUUGGAGCUUUAGGAGGAAAUUUGAUCGCUCACAUGAUUUUGGGUUACCGGUACUGGGCUGGGAUAGGAGUCCUUCAGAGCUGUGAAUCUGCUCUCACUCACUACCGACUUGUAGCUAAUCACGUUGCUAGUGACAUUUCUUUGACUGGUGGCACAGUGGUUCAGCGAAUUCGCUUAGCAGAUGAAGUAGAAAAUCCAGGAAUGGCAAGUGGCAUGCUAGAAGAAGACUUGAUCCAGUAUUACCAGUUUUUAGCAGAGAAAGGAGAUGUACAAGCUCAGGUUGGCCUUGGACAAUUGCACUUGCACGGAGGAAGAGGAGUAGAGCAAAACCAUCAGCGAGCAUUUGAGUACUUCAAUCAAGCAGCUAAUGCUGGCAAUUCACAUGCUAUGGCUUUUCUAGGGAAGAUGUACUCAGAAGGAAGUGAUGUUGUACCUCAGAGCAAUGAAACAGCUCUUCAGUAUUUCAAGAAAGCUGCUGAUAUGGGUAACCCAGUUGGACAGAGUGGACUAGGAAUGGCUUACCUCUAUGGAAGAGGUGUUCCAGUGAACUACGAGCUAGCACUGAAGUAUUUCCAGAAGGCUGCAGAACAGGGAUGGGUUGAUGGACAACUUCAGCUAGGUUCCAUGUAUUACAAUGGCAUUGGAGUCAAGAAAGACUAUAAACAAGCUUUGAAAUAUUUUAACUUGGCCUCCCAGGGUGGCCACAUUCUGGCUUUUUAUAACCUGGCUCAGAUGCAUGCUACUGGCACUGGAGUGAUGCGAUCCUGCCAUACUGCUGUUGAGUUGUUUAAGAAUGUAUGUGAACGGGGGCGUUGGUCUGAAAGACUGAUGACUGCCUACAACAGCUAUAAAGAUGGUGAUUCAAAUUCUGCGGUGGUUCAGUAUCUUCUUCUGGCAGAACAAGGCUACGAAGUUGCUCAAAGCAAUGCUGCUUUCAUACUUGAUCAGAAAGAAGCUAGCAUAGUAGGAGAAAAUGAAACCUAUCCUCGAGCUUUGCUUCACUGGAAUAGAGCAGCUUCUCAAGGAUAUACUGUUGCAAGAAUUAAACUUGGAGAUUACCAUUUUUAUGGUUUUGGUACUGAUGUUGACUAUGAAACUGCAUUUAUCCACUAUCGGCUGGCAUCAGAACAGCAGCACAGUGCUCAAGCAAUGUUUAAUCUGGGCUACAUGCAUGAGAAGGGAUUGGGCAUCAAGCAGGAUAUUCAUCUUGCAAAGCGAUUUUAUGACAUGGCAGCUGAAGCAAGCCCAGAUGCUCAGGUUCCAGUCUUCCUAGCACUUUGCAAGCUUGGAGUGAUUUAUUCCUUGCAGUAUGUACGAGAAAUCAAUAUGAGGGAGGUAUUCUCACAUAUUGAUAUGGACCAGCUACUGGGGCCUGAGUGGGACCUCUACCUUAUGACUAUCAUCGCCUUGCUUCUGGGAACAAUUAUAGCUUACAGACAAAGGCAGCACCAAGCGAUUCCCAGACCAGCAGGACUGCGGCCAGCUGUGCCUCAACAAGAACCACCACCAGAGCAUCAACCACCGCAAUAGCAACAAAAGCCUCAGUGAAAGAACUGGAUUUUUCCAAAAGGAACAAUUUUCAUUGUGAUUUAGGACUUUGGAUCAACAGUCCCUCCCCCAAAAGAGGCGCAAAAAAGUUUAAAAAAAAAGUUUGAAAGCUGCUUAGAGUGAUGCCUUUUUUCAGGGAUAAGAAAAUUAUUUUGAAACUGAUUUGAAUGUUAUUUCAGUGCCAAUGGAAUAACACUAUUGCUUUUUUCGUGGAAACACAAGAGUGCUACUACAAAAAUGUUGCCUGCUGUAUCUAGUUCCUCUUUAUUCAGAGUCCUUUUCAUCUCCUAAGAGACAGAAAGCUAGCAGUGGAAGAUUUUUGCCUGCUUGAUAGCAGUUGCCCUUUAUAAAAGUAAUAAUAAAUAAUUUUAUGGCCAAUUUAAGUCCAAGAAGCUGAACUAUAGUCAAACUCUAAAAAGACUGGAGCUGUCAUGAACUUAUAUUCUGGUCUGCAUCCCAAGUAUUUCUAUAGUCUUUAUUUCAUUACUUUGUCGUAUUUCUUACACUUCGAUCUUUUAUGCUGUCUUGGAUAGUUUAACGUAGUUACGGAGUUUAUCAGUGAUCUAAGCCAGCAAACAUGCCACUCUCCAUUUGUGCUUUUUUGUUUUGAGUAUUUUCCUCUUUCCCCUUAGACCAGACAGUUCUCAGCAGACAGUAUGUAGCCCAUGAGGUGGAUUGGAACAGAUUGGAAUCUGUAAAGCUCAUCAGCUGAAAACUGUCCCCACAGUGCCCAGAUCUCACAUACUUCUAAAACUUCAGGAGCCUGUGUAUUUUGCAAUAUUUUACAACAUAAAACCAAAUUAGUAGUGUUCCUAAGUUUUGUAAAUUUGCCCUUACAAAAAGGCUGAGUCUAGAUUACAGAAAGUACCAUUAUUAUUACAGACACUGAAGAAAGGACAGAACAAGAAAUCUCAGUGAGUUAGCUGACUUUUUUGUUUGUUUUUAGAGUUGGAAGUUCUGUAUUUAAUUCUCAACAAUCCUGUUAGUGAUUUGCACUGCAAGAAAGAUAUGUGUGUAUCUCAUGCAUGCAUCUGCUUUAAUGCAUCUACAAAAAAAGGCCACAAAAAUGCAUACUCUCUACAAAAGGGCAUGGGCUUUAUGCCACUGAUGCUACUCCAAAGCUACAGCAUUCUCUAGCUGUUGCCAAUCUCUUUUAUACCUGAUAUACAUGAGAAAGUCACAAUAAUGUCUCUGGCUGGGCCAUCUUGAGGACCCCUUGUAACAAGAAAAUCCAAAGAGAAAGAAGACCAGGUUUAUAGCUUCUUCAUGUCACCAGGUCAGUGUAAAGGCCUUCUAAUUUGUGUAAAGAAUAUGACCUGUGGACCGAUGAUUUAAGAUUGCAAGAGGAAUCUUCACUGAGUAACAAUUUUCACUGAACUAUAAUUUCCAGGAUUGGGGGUGGGAAGCAGUGGCUGAGCAGUUUAGAAGCACGAAAUGCAGAAGUGUCUGUUCUUAUUUACCAAUAGCAGUUAAAUAUUUGCUUCUAUACUAGCAUUAAACCUCCUGAGAAGUAGUCUUAAAGCUGAAUGAAAUACAAGUGAGGAGGCUUUAGCUGCUUUCUGACAAAAGCUGUUGUGUUGAAAGGUUAGGCUUCCUUUCAUGGAAAUAUUUUUCCAGCAGAUUGGCAACAACAUAUCAAUACAUUUUAUUUUGAAUUGAGAUUUUGGUAUGGUUUCAUACUUGGUACAUUUGUAAGGAGACUGCUGCACAGUAGAUCUGUAGUUUGGGAUAGAAGAUAAGCAAUCCAUUCUUUUGUGAAUGGAAAUGUCAUGGAUGGCUAGUAUUAAAGGUACUAAGUAGAACUCAGUACUUCAAAAUGCUUAAGCUGGUUAUGUGAAGACAAAUCUUUCCUGUUAGUGUGGAAGUUUGCAGCAUGUGGUAGAGGAAUGUCUUGUUCAUAAUUAGCAGAUGGGACAGUAUUGAACUUAUAUGUCAUGUCUAAAAUGUACAGCACUCCCCAGCUGCAUUUCUAAGACAUCCAUGACUUCUGAACACUCCUUCUGAAGUAUUUUUGCCGCUGUCACUUAAUAGCUCUUUUUAGCUUGGCAUGAAUAAAUUAAGGAUUAUAUGGAAAAUGUUUUUCAGUUAAAUACCAUUGGUUGAUUGGUAUUGGUCUCUUAGGAUGUUUAACAAUUUUAUUACUGCGUAAUUAAAAUGUUUUGAUUGUUUGAUCUAUUAGAACUAAAUUCUAGAAGCUCUAUCCUAUUUGCAUGAGAAUAUCUCAUCACUGCUGCUGUGUGACAGUCUUAUAGAUGACUUUCACUGAAUUUGAUGCAUUUUUACAUCCCAAGAAAUCAGCAGAAGAAAAUGAUUGAAGAUCAGCGAGUUACUUCACUUUAAAGAACUGCUUUUUGAAGGAGCAAUAAGGAAGUCUUUCUCCUGCUUUUUUCCCUUCUACCAAAUUACUACCACUGACUUUUUCAGAUGACAUUCAUUUGGAUGCAGUGGUAGAAGAAAAAAGGUACUUACCAUAAGUAAUGGUGAGUUAACUCAGGGAUUAAAGAAAUGAAUAAGCUUUCUAAAUCCACGACUUAAGUUUUUGUGACAAUCCCUUGCUACUCUGCUCUGAAACUUGCAUUUUGAGGGAGGUAUAUUUAACUCUUACAAGCAAUAUGUAUCUUGUGCACUCAGUUAAUCAAGCAUCUAUUUCCUAAAGGAGCUGGAUUGCUCAGUUUACUGCAGUGAAGUACUUUUCCCUUUUGGUAGCACACAGGUUGUCUUACAGUUUAUAUGCAGGAGUAUUUUAGAAUGGAAACUUGAUUUAAGAGAAGCCUUUCUGGGUGUGCAGCGUGGUUUGAAUGGAAAAGUUGUAUUCUUUGUGUGUAGUAACAUAGGCCAGAGCCUGCUAAUUGACCUUCCCAGACACAUGCUCUUCUUUCCAUGCUCAGAGAAAGGAACUACAGAGCCGUAAGUGUUGGUGGGAUUUCUCUAUGUAGGAAAACUGUGGGAAAAUAUGGAGGAACACAUUAUUCUGCGUCUCAAAUUAUUAAUCAAAGACACUAUCUGUUCUUGCUGGUUGAAAGAAAUGCUGAAUUGCUGAGAAAACAGGAUUCUAGUACAUCACUCUGUUGAAACUUGCCCCAGAGCUGUCUGUUGAAAUAACUUUCCUUGCUUUAUAUGGUCCAUCACAAUAUAAAUGUAAUGGGACAAUGUAAUAGAAGGUAAAACCUUUGAUACAAACAUCCUCAUGAAACUCUUAUGAGACAGUUUUACUCACUUUUUAGUCAUCUUCCAUAAGUCAGCUGCUCUUAGGAAAAAAAAAAGGCAAACCAACACAGAAUCUAUCAAAUGUUAUUCUUUUUGGAGAAGAACAUUAAAAUGUGGCUUUUGAAAGGACUUUUUAAGACUAUGCAUUAUCUAAUUUCCACCUAUUAUAUGCUAGUUUUGGCCUAUAAAGGGGGAUCACGUUCACCUUUGCAAGUUGCUUUCUUUUUACAUAGGCAACAAUAAACUGAAAUUCUAUUUUUGUUUCAGAGAACAUUAAAUUGAAAAGAUUUAGUUUGAUUUGAACUACUGCAAAUACAUAUGGCAAAUAGGGACUAUUGGGGGGAACCCUUUGUUUUUAUCAGCUGCAGUUCUUUAAAGGGUCUUGUAGGAGUUUUGUAAAUUUAUUUUGUAUUUAAAAUCAGUAUAAAGGCUGGUCAAAUGUAAUAUAAUUGUGUAAACAAAUUCUGUUAAUAGAAAGAUGUACAGAUUCAUUUUGUACUGUAUCUUUAAUCUUGUGAAAUAAAGAUACCACCUGUGUGGUUA